GAAUUGGUCAUGGCAUGAUGUUCCUUUUAUACUCAAUUGAGUUUAUGAGAAACGUAUUAAGCAUGCAUUUUACAAGUAUUAUAUUUCUGUUUAUUUGGUUUAUUACUUUCUUUUCGUGCAAACAUUAUGUUAUUUCUGUUUAUGACUUUUGUCUGUCUGGUGGAACAAGAAAAAGUAAUAUGCUUUGGUAACAAAUGAGGUGACCUCGUAUAUUGGUAAUGCUAAAACCUGAAACUACUCUUUUUUGUUUGUUCUUACUGCUAUUCUUUUUAGCGACAAACUAGUCUAAAGGUUUUGUCUUCAGCUCAAGACAUGUUUUCAUUUUUAGUCCUUAAAAAAUCUUGUAGUUUAAAGUGGAUUCAAUAACUGAACUAAACCAAUCAAACCUGCAUUCUUUUGGUUCGGGUAUCUGUUUAUCAUCAUACAAAAUUGAUCGUCCAAAAUCUGAAUCAAGCUAUUAUAGUUUAUUGUUACUUUUUUUUAUUUGAUAUUAUAGUAGUUUUAUGUUAGUACUAAUGUGUUUUUAGUUAAUAUACAUAUUAGUUUGGGUAUUUAUUUAAUAGUAUAUAAAAUCUAUAUUGUAUUUAAGAAGGUUGAUUUGUUAUAGAUUUAAAAAAUAAAUUGAUUAAAAUUUUAAAAAUGUAAACCUGAUUGAACUAAAUCAAAUCAACUUGAUCUUCAUUGGCUUUAUUCAAAUUUUCCGAGGAAAGUUUUAAAAAUUGAUUUUUGAGUUGUAAAAUUAGACAAGACUAAACUUAUAAGAUUUCCUAACGAGUUGACCGACCUCAAGGGAUUUCGUCAUGUAUUUGGUGUCAUGCAUGCAAGGAUGUGACACUCUAUAAAAUCAUUUUACGUAGUCGUAUACCGUACUCCAUGGACGAAGAUCUGACACACAACAUACAUCCUCUAGGACCAAACGUUCAUAGUAUGCUACCAAAAUUUCAUCAACAUACCUGCGGAGGACAUUGACAGGAGAAGCAACGACUGGGUCUCAGGAUAUAUCCUAGAUAAUACCUAAACUAACACAAGACUCGCUCAGGUAGAUUGGGGGGGGGGGGGGUUACAUCCAACCUUCUAAAGUACAAAGAUAUCACCUUCAAGAGUUGUGUCUCAUGGUGAUCGGCGUAUGACAUGCGACAAGUAUCAUCUGACACGAUACCAUCAAGAACAACUCAGAAUGAGUCGAUCGCCUGAUUCCCUCGAAGCUGGAUGAUCGAGCACGAACAUGGAAAAGCCUCAAAGUAGUCUUCUACAUAUGCCCUGUUGGUGAAACAUGGAAAAUACUGGUGGUUCUAUGUCUAAAAAUGGUUUAGAUGAAAUAUUAGUAACAAUGCAACACAAGUAUUCUGACAUUAAUAUUGAUAAAGAUGAAAAAAAAUUAUCAUAAAUAGACAGUUUCCUGUCAGUUGUCGAGUCUUCCAUAUACUACCCUCAACUAAUUUGGAGUAGAAGUACACCAAAAAAGAGACUUCCCAGUUGUGAAACCUCUUCAAGUUAAUGAAAUAUCUGAGGUAGACAACAUCGACUAGAUGACACUUUUAUUCACAAAAAUGGACGUGUCGACCAAAACUAAGAGGUAUGAUCUCAAUGCACCUACUAUAUAGUAUGCAACUUGUGCAUCAUCACCAUCAUCAUCCAGAGCUAGAGCCAUGUGGUUUUCACACAGAUCCACUAGGAAUGAAAAUCUAGCAUGACAUCCUCUAGUGUCAUCCAUCUUCUGUUAGGCUUUUCUCGAGCUAGCUCCCAAAUAUGUCGCCAUCAUGUCUAGUGCUUUAACUCUGCUGGUUAUGGAGUAGUUUUAUAAUUUUCCCUAGAUCGAAAGAUGUAGGAGACAUAAUACAUCAUCAAGUAUGAUGGACAUCUCACAAAUAAGUGAAAUGAUGACGUAUCAGCGUGACAUCUCCACAAAAGUAGACAAUAAGUCAUGAUUAACAUAUCCAUAUUUAGUCAUGCAACCUAGAUAAAUGCAUAACAUUUAGGAACCACGACUCAUCAGGUUGUGUCAACUUUACAACCUUCUACCUUGGUUGACACAUUUUAACGUAUCAUGAUACUGGUAAAAAACACAAUACAUCCAUCAUCAAUCAAUUAAAAUAUUAUAACAUAGAUAUUUUAAAAAGUAAUUAAAGAUGUAUGUUACCUCUCCUUUUCAUACGUGCCUAACAUCAUGGUCUAGAUACAAAGGAAGUAGUGAAAGGUCUGAGGGACCUUCUAGGAAACCAUCAUGCGUAACAACAUCCGUUGUAUCUCGAGCAACAAGAGCUUUUGGGGCAGGAGAGGCUUCUAGGACAUUAGGGAACACAUGAAUCUGGGAAGACGAUGUUGGAUACACAUGAACUUGGGAAGACGAUCCAUCAUAAUCAAAAGAAGUCUCUCCAACUGCAGGUCGCACGGGUCUAGCUAUUUUCUUGCGAAUAGAAGCAUGUUGGGCCAGUCUACCAUGUCUCAGUCUUUCCUGGUUGUCAAACAUUUUUCCUGCAAUCAAACAAGCAAAGCAGAGAGAUGCCAUAAUAAAAUUCAGAAACAAGUACAAAAAGAAACAAACCAAAAAUCAGAUAAUAGGCUAUUUCAAAAAUCUUCAGACAAAGGGUUCGAAUUUUGAAAUCCAGCAUGCACUAGAAUAGAAAAACAAACUAAAGAACAAAGCAUGCACGGAAUCUAAGCUCCACUCUUCGAAAAUUCAAAGCAACGCAGUUCGGGACAAACACAUAUGGCAUAUCUAUAGUAUUUAAGUCUAAAAUAUCAUACUUAUAAACUAUUUAGGUAAUAUAUGCAUGUGAAAUCAAAAAAGAAAAGGGAAUGAGCAACUUACCAAAUCAAUGUUCAAUACAUGCAAUGUAGUGGAGUAUAGUUAUGAUAAGAUUCAAUGAAAGAUAUAUAAGCUCCAAGAAUACUUGAAAAUAAGGAGAACAAGCUCUGUAAAUGUAAAUGAGGAGAAACUCUCUAUUUUUUGUUUUGUUUUUGCUCUUUUGCAGAAAUGAAAAUGAGAAGGGAGAAAGAAAAGUACGAGUUUACUUAAUUAGAAGCGUCCAGAUUCCAAUAUCCAGACUUUGAAAUUUGUAGUAAUUUUGAAUUGUGUGGUCUUGAGAUUGGUUACGAAUGUGAUGUGUUAGGUGUGAUCGGUGUUUGAUUUGUAUACUUUACUAUAUAGAUUUCCAAGUCCAUAAUUUUUUAAGGAAAUUUCUUUAUAGACCUCCCAACCUUCUAGGUCACCUCUGGUGAAAAACCACAUAUAUCCCUGACUUCGGAAAUGCAUUUACGAAAUGUAAGAAAAAGGUGUUUUCGGAGAUGCAUCUCCGAAAGCGCCUUUUUUUUUAAAAAUUUGUCUUAUUUCGGAAAUGCAUUUCCGAAAACACCAGUUCGGAAGUGCAUUUCCGAAAUACUGCGCGUUUUGUAGAUUUAGCAAAACAACCCCCUCCCCCCAAAUCAUUUGCCCUAAACCAAUAUCAAACUCAACCCCUCUGAGAUUUUCUGCAAACCCACUUCCAAGGCUGCAUCAAAGGCUCCAAUCACCUUGCUAUACUACAUUCAAAAGCUCUCGAAUCACUUCAAUUUGUAAGUUUUAUAAUUGUUAGAUCCAUAUUUCAAAUGAAUGUUAGGGUUGUUUUCAAUUGCAUAAAUGAUAUAGGGGUAGGUUGUUAGUAGUAUUUAGGUUGUUAGAAGCAUUACAAGUUGUUUUGAAGUUGGAUUUUGGGGUCUGCCAUGGAAGUUGCAGAAAACUUCCUCGGAGGGGUGUUUCGGAAGUUCAUUUCCGAAAACACCUCCAUUCCUAGUUUCGGAAAUGAACUUCCGAAUUGUAUCAGAAGUGCAAUUUUUUUUUAGUUCUUUAUGUUGUCUCGCAUAAUAAUUGAUUUCAUUUGUUUUCAGGAACAUGUCAGACAACCAAGCACGCAUCAGACAAGGUAGAGAGACCCAAACUGCGUCGGCUAGACGCGAGCGGGCGGCGGCGCAGCUGGCGUCGACACGGGACGGGGACGACGUGUGCGAGUUCCCGUGGAGAUGGACGAGGGUACCUCUGCAUCUGAAUCGAGGAGUCGUCUGGCUCGGGUAUCUUCUUCCCGCCAGCGAGAGGAGGAGGAGGUAUCGGAGGUGGCAGUGUCAUACCACGAGGCGGAGGAGGUACCGGAUGUUGACCCUCCACUCGGGGAGGAGGAUGAGCAGGAGGGGGGCUACCCGGGAGGCCCCAGUGACACUUCCGUGCUGAUAUCCUACCGCGAGCACGUCGCUCGGCCUAUCUGGGAGGGAGAGGAGAGAGAGCCGUUGAAAAUGGUGAAUCACGGCCGGAAGGUUUUCAGUCUGUUUAAACCGAUUGCCGAGUGGUUUAACGACGCUGUGAGAGGUUCAUGGCUUAGUGGGCUCUGCAUGACAGGGUAUUCCACCAUCAGCCACGACAUGCAGGGGACCUUUGUGGAGCGGUGGCACAAGGAGACAUCUUUUUUCCACUUGCCGGUUGGGGAGAUGACGAUCACCUUGCAUGAUGUGCAGUGUCUUCUCCACCUGCCGAUCAGGGGGGCGCUGUUGACCCACUCCCGGAUCCAGAGGAUCGAAGCCAGUGAGUGGAUGACGCUCUAUUUGGGUAUGGAUCCCGAAGCUGCUGACUACGAGUGCAUCACGACAUCUGGGCCUCAUAUCCGGUUCACCACACUGAGUCGUUAUUUCGAGCACCACCUGGUUGCGGCGGCCGAUGCCGAGGAUGCGGGUGACGACCUAUUUACACAUUAUCACCGUGGCUGCGCUCUCCGGUGCUGGUACAUGCAUGUGGUAGGCGCUGCGAUCUUUGUGGACAAGAGUGCGAGGUACGUCGACGUGACCUACCUCCGCUACUUCAUGGACUUGACCACCGUUCACCAGUGGAACUGGGGGGCAGCUACUCUGGCAUACCUAUACCAGAAGCUGAAUGAGGCCUCCAACUAGAGGACGAGGCAGUUGACCGGAUCCUGCACACUACUCACGAGCUGGAUCAUCUCUUACUUCUCCUGGAUCCACGGCUUUCACAUUGAUCCUGAGUACGUUGACGCCAUGCCCAGGGCCGCCAGAUACGUUCUCCAGAGGGGGAACAAUGCGGUGGGAGCAUACCGUGGGUACCUGGACCGCACGAUGCACGAUGACGUCACCUGGAGGCUAUUCAGCGACUACACUCAGGUUGUCCCCUUUGACGGCAUAUCUUUGUAUUCUGGCUGGUUGGCAUGCGGGACCAACAUCACGGUCCGAUAUCUCCCUGAGCGGUGCAUGCGGCAGUUCAGAUUUGUGCAGAUGAUACCCAGGUCACCUUUUGAGGCUGCUCCCGACACAGUGACCAGAGUGCAGCUCACUGCCAUAUUUGAGGAUUGGGAGAAUCAUGUGGUACCGGAGGAGUAUCGUCGCAUUCGGGUUACCCAGGACUGGCACAGUGUGGAGGGGUACGUCACAUGGUUCUACCGGGUGUCACAUCCUCUGCUGACACCCGACGCUCCCGGCGCUCCUAGGCCAGCACACGAGGAGAUCCUGGAGAACCAGCAGGCCGAGGAUGACCACACCAUUGAUCUCCUGCCGAUCUGUCAGCGGAUAGAGAUGCUUGGGCGGGACGCGUUGGAUCGAGGUGUCGUUCAUCGGGGCGGUCCAGAGGCAGUCGCCGUGAUGGAGAUGAUUGUCACUGAUGCAGGCCGUGCGGCGGCAUACAGGCGGCAGAGGAGGUCUCAGGGAGAGAGGGUUAGGCAUACCCAGUAGUGGUCGGGUUUAUUAUUUUUUUUGUUUUCGGAUUGUAUCUUUCGUACACCAUUAUUAUUUGGAUUUGGAUCGG